UUGGCCAACAACACUCAAUGCCAACGUAGAAGUGGAACGGGCACAAUGUUCUUCAAGACUGUUUUGUGCAUCCCGAUCCUAUCAAUACUGAUCGUGGGGCUGCAUCAGACCAGUUCCAGUAUCUUCGGGCCAGUCCCUGACGAGGUGAAGAAGCAAUACGAGCAAGAGUUGGGCCCCCAAGGACCAGUAGAACGGCUGAUAUCGGGCACCAUGAACUACAUGUAUCAGAAUAAAACACUCGCCAGUGUGAUAGCCGGCGAACUCUGGAACUUUGGAACUAAAGCGGUGAACUUUAUAGUUUCUAUUAAAGAUCCUACAAGGUCAGCUUCAGAUCCUUACGCUAUUUUGAGGGGCAAAUACCAAACAUAAAUAUUCUACAACAGGUUAAUAUUAUUUGUGAUUUUAUUUUGAAAUAAAAAUAAAAAAAUAUUUACUUAA